UGCGGAGCCGCUGUGGGGCGCUGGUGAAGGGACGGGGCCGUGGAGCGGCCGCGCCGAGUGCGGGGUGACCUGUGAGGGACCUGGGCACGGCGGGGCGAGCGCGGCGCCUGCGAGCGGACGGGGCGCACGCGGAGCCGGGGAGGGGGUUACGGACGCACGGGAGGCGGCCCCGACGGUGCGGACGUGGCGAGAGGGGUCCCUGCGGGGGCUGAGCCCUCGGGGCCCGGGCGGCUGCUGAGGCCGCUGCAGCCCCGGACUCGUUGUGCCUUCUGGGGGUCCCUCAAGGUCCGUGGGCAGGUGGGGGCCUGGCGGCGGCGGGGGCCGAGGCACCCUGUCAGCGCUGAGGGCUCGGAAGGAGUCGGGUCUGGCUCAGGAAGCGCUGCAGAACCUCACGGGCUGUGUCUGCGCUGGCGUUAGCAUCCAAAUCAGCGCCGACUUGUAAUGAGGUUAUGAAACGAGCCUGUGUCACAGCUAAGUCCCACCCAUUUGCUGUGCUGCUGAGAUAGGCCACCCAUGAUUCCAUCCUGGGCUUUCGGGGUGACUGAUGCCGCCCCCAUCCCCUGCUCCAGUGACUCUCCAGCCUCAGCUGGAGCUGUCGGCUUAGCAGCCUGAUAACCUCCGAGUUUUGCGGGCUUCCGACCUCUAGAAAAAGAAGAAAGCUAUGUUUUUUUUAUUCUUGUCUUUAUCCCACGAAGCUCUGCCAGAGGGAUGUGUGUGUCUGUGGUAACUUCCUUCCAAUUCUGGCAUUUUCAGCCCUACCCAGAGGAGAUAGUGAGGUAAUGUCUUACUUGGGACUAAGAUAUGGAAAACAGCAAUGUGGUGAAUUCUGUACAAGAAACCCCUUUGUCCUUUGCAGACUCUGAUGUCAGAAACACCCACAGCUCUGUCUGCGGCUUGAAUUCUAACAGAAGUCCUUCAUCCAAUCCCAAUGGAGUUUCUGGUUACUCAGGGAAUACCAGGUCCUCAUUAAAGCCUGGUUCUGUUGAGCUGCUUGCCUCCUUUAUGCAAGAUAUCCAGAACAUUGGACAUGCUAACUCAGAAAUUGUGAGGAACUGUGAGACAAGGUGGAUACAGCUGCUGAGACUGGUAGAAAAACAAUGCCAGGAACAAAUAAAUGCCCAGCAAGAGCAGUUCCACCAUCAAAUCCAACUGAUUCAGGAUGAGAUAAAGGAGCUGGUGAGUUUGCAGAGCAGCACCUGGGCCAGGAGCCGGGCUGUGCCCGCCCCGCUCAGCCACAGCUUCCCCUCGGUGCCGAGCCCCAUGGGGAUGUGCUCGGAGGCGUUUGAGGAGCAGGGGAGCCUGGUGAGCCAGCUGAGAUCCGCCGAAGGGGAAGGCCAGCCCGAGGCCUCGGGGGUGCAGCAGGAAUGUGCGGGCAGCGAGGCCUCCAUGAACAGCGGCUACGGCUCCCUGUCCGCCUCGGAGCUGAGCCCGGGCCUGCCCGGCCCCGGCGCGGGGCUGCACGGUCAGCAUCAAAGAGAGCUUGCAGCAAAAAAACCACAGGAAAAUCGUUCAUCGGGAAGGAGGGAUAGCUUGGUUUUUCCCGCUGGGUUGGAACAUAAAGCUGAUGAAGAUCAUCAAUGUGGGAAAAAAGCCAGUAAAUCUUUAACAUCAUGGGCACAAAAGUUGAAACAAACCCAACCAAAAAGAGUAACUGCAGAUGAAGUAUGUGUGAACUCUAUGCAAGAAAAUGAGAGAGUGAAGAGAUUACCACUUGAGAAUACAAACCUUACUGAUGCUGCUUUGCCACCAUACACUUUUUACCUCAAUCAACCCAAGGAAAGUCCAAAUUCUGUAGUGUCAGAAGCUUCAGGACUUUCAUACUGGAAAUUAGAUGAAAAGGAGAUGUAUCACACUUUACCAGAGAAUUUCAGAAGUGAGUUGCCUGAUGUUUUCUCCAAAAGUACCACCAGUACAAAAGUACCACCAGUUCAGUUGUCUUCUGCUGAUGAAGGGAAGUUGUCAUCACUGAAGGAGAUUUAUCAUAAAAGACAAAGGGAAAACAAGCAGAUGCCAGACCAGAGUUUUAUGCCUUCUUCCCAGCCAAGUCACCCACCAGAGAUCUUGACGUUGGACCCAACCCUGCAUAUGAAGCCAGGCCAGCAGAACCAGGGACUCUGUUUUUUCAGGACUCCUGCAGACUCUGCUCCCUUUUCUCCAGACUCUAUGGCAGAGCCCGGAUUUCCAAGUCAUUGUGACACAGACUCUUUUUCACAGACAAGUCAUUCAUCUCAGUUAGAUGAUUCUCCAACACCCCCUGCCAGCAGCAGAGCUGUGCACUCGGACCUGUGGAGAAAUCACCCAUUCCAGGGUGAAAACAGGGCCAGCUCUCCCUUCCCAGUGGCUUACAGGGAUGCUGACAAUGAUAAUUCUGUCAACACUGAGGAGGAAGAAAUACUGACUCUAACUCCAUCUUCUGUUACUCAGUGUGCUGACAGCAGUUUGCCAGAUUACAGCCUUUCAGUGGCAUCUCUUGAAGACCCUGUGGUAAUGUCAAAGAUUAGGCAGAACCUGAGGGAAAAACACGCUCGACACAUCGCUGAUCUACGAGCUUACUAUGACUCUGAGAUCCAGAGCUUGAAACAGCAGCUGGAGUGCAGCCAGAGAACUGCUGCAUCUGAGGAGCUGAAGAAAAUCAAUCAAAGCCUUGCUGACAGGUGUGACCAGUUAGAUUCAGCUCUGAAUGAAGCAAGUGCUCACAUAAAAGCCCUUGAAAAUAAGAAUAAUCAGCUAGAAAAGCAAGUGGCAGACUGGAGGGAGCGUUUCUAUGCCCUCAGUGACAAUUCCAAAGCCCUGCAGGAGCGGCUGGAGGAGAUGCGCGCGAGCCACAAGGAGAAGGACAACACCAUCAGCCGCCUGCAGUCCAGGCUCAGGGAGCUGGAGGAGGCUUUUGAGAAGGCUUACAAGUUAUCUGACAACAAAAACACAAGGCUCCAGGAAGAAAACAAAAUGUUUCAAAAUCUUUUAGGAGAAUACGAAUCCCUUGGAAAAGAACAUGAAAGAGUAAAGGAUACAUUAAAUACUACUGAAAACAAAUUGCUUGAUGCAAACACAGAGAUUUCUGAUUUGAAAAGGACAAUUUUAAAACUUGAAGCUCAGCUCAAGCAGGUGGAACAUGAAAAUGCACUGAAACUUCGCCAUAUAAGUGAAAAUCAUUUAAGAACCUCUUGUGCCAACAAGUUGGGAACUCCUGAUGUCAGCAGGCGAAAGUGGUUGAUACCAGGAGCUGAAUAUUCCAUCUUCACUGGGCAGCCUUUGGAGGGCCAGGAAAGCCCCAAAGACAACAGGCUGGAAGAAACCUAUAUUCCUUCUAGGCACCAUUCUCCUCCUGAGAAAGACUCCUCACAGGAAGACUCCUCAACCAACACAAUAGAAAAGAAAGAAAAUGAGAUGUCAGAAGCACCAAUUAUAAAAGCCUUUAAAGAACUUGAAGAAGGAAAAAUUGUUAAAGAUUGGGGUACACAGACAGAAAAAGAAGAUGCACCAGCUAAGCCAUCAACUCGACGUCAGACUGUUGGGUUUGUUGAACCUUCUGUGGUUGCAAACCGAUCUCCAGAGAAAGGGAGAGACCAGCACAGACCCAAACGCUUCAGCUCCCCCUCUGGCCAGAGGUCAUCGUCCCUUCCUCCUGCAAACAGGAAAUCCAGCACUCCCACAAGAAGAGAGAUAAUGUUGGCACCAGUGUCUGUGACAUACAGCCCAAAACGAUCUCCAAAGGAAAACCUCUCUCCUGGAUUUAGCCAUUUGCUCAGCAGAAGUGAAAACACAGUGACAAGAUUUGAUAUACUUCUAGAUGACCUGGAAACUGGUGCUACUUCUACUUUACAGCACAAUAAUCCAAGGAAAAGGCUCCAGUUUCACUCACUAGAUGAUGUAGAAGGAAGGCAGCAUUCAGGUGCCAUACACAGCUCCUGUACUGCAUCUGUCAGUAAUGGAAUGAAGAAAGCAGCAGCUUGGGAGGAGAGGAGCCAGAGACACGAGGCAGUGCAAUCACCUUGUGAGGAAGACUUCAAGUACACAGCAAGGAUUCCAACUCUGGCUGAAACAGAGAGGCUUUUUGAUGAGCUGACUCACGAAAAGCAACAGAUUGAGGCUGCCCUGAGCCGAAUCCCUUGCUCUGGUGGAAGAAUGACCUUGCAAGCAAGACUAAAUCAGGAAGCCCUGGAAGAUCGUUUGGAAACAAUUAACAGAGAUUUGGGGUUGAUACGAAUGACUCUGAAAAGAUUUCAUGUUUUGAGAACCUCUGCAAAUCUUUGACAGUUCUCUCUCGACUGCAAAUAUACUUUUUUUUUUUUUGCACUAAUAUAUAACAAUGCACUCAGUAAAUGCAAAUUGUUUUGUAUUUUUAUAAACCCUCAAAAGUAGUUUUGCAACCAUGUUACCCUUUACAAACAGCAAUAUUUUGUACUUCAAACAGCCACCUCUAUUUUAAAUGUAUUUUGUUACACCUGAGAAAUCAAUGUUUAUCCUGUAUUGUAAUAUUUUUAGAAAUAUCAAUUAUUUUUAAAUAGUGAUAUUCAAUUUAUAAUAAGAAACUAAAAGGCAGCUUGUUUUCAGAAAAAAAAUGGUAGUGUUACCCUUUUGCACUUGGUUUUCCUCCACCAUUUUAUAAAUAUUUAUGGUGUGAUGUAAAUAUUAGCCAAGAGGAGAUUUUUGGACUUUAUUACAAAAAGCAACAUGAGUUACCUGUGUUAAAGAGAACCACUGUUCUGUGGUAAAUCCUUUUAAUUUAAACCUUUAUCAUGGAUGUUUCUCACUGGGACAGAACUGUGAGCAAUACUUGCACUGUGGCUGGCUGGGGCAGGAAAAUCCUUCUCUGCUGGAUCUGAUGUCCCUCAGCAGUCACAGUGAGGAGUAUUUUGAUACUGUGAGUACCAGGAUUCACCUGGCAGCAGCCUCCUGCCUCCCAGUGAACAACUCAACUCCAGGACUGGAACUCCUUACCUGAAGUUACUGGUUCCAUGUGCCAGCCUGGGUUUUGUGCCAGUGUUCUGUUCCUGUGCAUUUCAUGUAUUUGUGAACAUAAAUUAAUUUUUCUUGGUGAAAAAAAUACAUAUUUGCCAGUUGAUAUAUUGUUGCAUUACUGUCCAACAUUGAUAUUUUGGUUUGUAUUUUAAUAUUAAAUAAAUGUUUAAUUAGA